AUGUCUGGAGCUCAAAAAAGAAAGAAGAAACAGAGGGAAGAAGCAUUAAUUCAAAGUCAAGCUGGAGAUAUUAGUAAGUACUUUACUAGCAAUAAAAAAGCGAAGAGGGAAGCGAAUCAGAAUGACCAUGCCAAUGAACAACAUGAUCAAUCUAUGAAUGAGAAUGAGAAUGAAGAAGCGAUUCAACUUGCCAAUGUGAAUGAAUUAAAUGAUACCGAGGUUGAAGACCCGAAGCAGCUUGAGAAUGAGGAAGUUGAUGUCAAUAUGAUUGAAGAUGUUCAACAUGAAGAUUUAAAUCAAGAGAGCUGCUUUCCUUUGAAUAUUGAUGAUCCAGGAAAUUGGGAUAAAAUUGAUCAAAAUAUUAGGGACUUCUUAGUUGAAAGGGGUCCAAAAAGAGAUGAUGGUGUCGAGUUGUUUCCCAAAGAUAGUUCUGGUAGACAUUUUGAUUCAUCACAUUAUAAGCGGUUGUUGCCAAAUGGGGAGAAAAGUGAUAGAAGAUGGGUAGUAUAUUCUAUUUCUUUAGACAAGAUUUUUUGCUUUUGUUGCAAAUUGUUCAAGACACAAAGAAAUAUGACUUUAAUUGGCCAAUUGGCUAAUGAAGGAUACAAAGAUUGGCAUAAUUUGUCUCGGAGUCUUAGAAAUCAUGAAGCUAGUAAGGAGCAUAUUAGUUGUAUGACAAGUUGGAUUGAAUUGGAAAGAAGGCUGCAAAAAAAUAAGACAAUUGAUGAAAGCUUGCAAGUAGAAAUCAACAAAGAAAGAGAACAUUGGAGACAAGUGUUAAAGAGGAUAAUCGCUGUGGUGCAAAGACUAGCCAAAAAUAACUUGGCAUUUCGAGGAGAUUGUGAGAAGCUUUAUGUUGAAAACAAUGGCCACUUUUUGCAAAUGAUUGAAAUGAUUGCUGAGUUUGAUCCAAUAAUGGAAGAGCACAUUCGGCGUAGUCAAGCACGUCAGAUCCAUUAUACAUAUCUUGGUCCCAAAAUUCAAAAUGAAUUGAUACAGAUGUUGGCAAAUGACGUGAGAAGUUCAAUUGUUACAAAAGUUAAACAAGCAAAAUAUUUUUCAGUCAUACUGGAUUGUACUCCAGAUGCGAGUCACGAGGAGCAAAUGUCUCUUGUGAUAAGAUGCGUGGAUGAUUCAGCAAACUCAGCAGUGGUAGAAGAAUAUUGGAUACAAUUUUUGAAGGUAGAUGACACAUCAGGGCAUGGACUUUUUACCGAGCUUAAAAAUGUGUUAAGCAAUCUUGAACUUGAUAUUGAUGAUAUAAGAGGUCAAGGGUAUGACAACGGAUCUAAUAUGAGAGGGAGACACAAAGGUGUACAGAGCAGGUUACUUGAAAUAAAUCCUAGAGCUUUUUAUACUCCAUGUGGUUGUCAUAGUCUUAAUCUGGCAUUAUGUGAUAUGGCGAAUUGUUGUCCUAAAGCUAUGUCAUUUUUUGGAGUGAUACAACGCAUCUACACAUUGUUCUCUUCUUCUACCAAGCGUUGGAAGAUUUUCAAAGAUCAUGUGGAAGGUUUGACAGUUAAGCCAUUGUCACAAACACGUUGGGAAAGUCAUGUCGAAAGUGUCAAACCUAUAAAAGAGUAG